CCAUACGUGUCAAUUUCUCUUUGGUUAGGUCGUAAUUUCUCUCUCUCUUGUUUCAUCGUCUCUCUCACGACGAAUGACGAUUCUAAUCUCUUUGAUUCAAUCGGAAGCAAACGGGGGAGUUUCCUUAGGUCGUCCGAGUCUUCUAUCCGCCUGUGAAGAUCAUCUCCACCUGACGCGGUCACGAGUUGAAAUCAGAGAAAUUUUCCAAGGGAGACAGUAAGUUUCAAGAGGAGAGGACUCGAUGGAAUUUGAUCUGGGAGCAAGAAGUCUGUUCACCUACGAACGAACGAGUCCCCUGUAAUUAAGGUUUCUGAUUUUAUACAUAUAUGCCUCUCUGUGAUUUCUUUACAUUAAGAAAGCGUCGAUUCAGAACACAAGUGAUGCAUCAAAGUGGGAUUUAGACGCUAGAAAUCUCAAUUUCUUUGUAUUAUUGUAAGAAUAUUCCAAAUUACUCAUGAUUUUGAUUAUACAGACUACAUUGCCAAUUUUGACUUAAACGUUGCCAAUUAUGGUUUAGGGUUCAUAAUAUUAUUGGCUUAUGUAAGUUUUGUUUUUUGGAUUCCAUAAUGAUACGUGUGGAUGCUAAGCAGGGAGCGCCAAAAGAUGGGCAUUAUCCACUUAAAGCUUUUCCAUGUGGACAUUUUAUCCUCUCAGAAUCCAUUUGACAGAGACAAUGUACAGAAUGAUGUGGGAGUAUUUCUUCCCAGAGGAAUACUCUUUUGGGUUAAUAUUUUUGUCCUGCAGGAAGUUUGGGAAAUUUCGACAAUAGCUGGUUCAAAACGUGUAAAGGAAGGGUUGGCAGGUGAAGGUCAUGAAUCUACUGAAACAACUAGCCACGCCAUUAGGGAUGUUGAAGCAUCUCGAGUUAGUUAUGCAGGUCUCUUCUUCUGCGAUUGUGCACUCACAAACCAACGCAGGCUCUGUCCAAAAAUCCAAUAUCCUAAGCCUCACUGGUGGUUCAGCUCAGGAGUUGAGAAGAACAUCUUCUUUCAAUAGGAGCUGGGAAGAAAAUGUGGCAGAAUCCAUAGCUAAUGAACUCGUUCUACAGGCCCACUCUUGCACAUUGUCAUCUUCCUCUACAAGCUCACUAUUGCCGCUCUUCUCAUAAAGAAAAGAAGGCUGGGAAAUCACACACGAGGAGAAGAAAUCUAGGCCUUUAACGAUGAUGGAGUUUCACAAUAUUAAAACUAGUCAGACAGAGAAACUAUAAGUUCUUACCCCCCAAAAAAGGAGAGAAACUUCAAGUAAAUAUGGAGGAACAAGGAGCUCUAUUACGAGCCAGAAAAUCUUUAUACAGGCUUUACUUCAAAGGUUUGGUAAUCGAGGAAACAACGGUAACAUUGGCAGGAUUUGGGGUUGCAAUUUGCGGUGACAAGGAUGAUCUGGUUUUUGACAUGAAGGGACCAAUUCAUGACCCCUCCAUUACAGUUUUGGAGGCUGAGCUUAUAGCAUUGAAGUGCGGAUUAAAAGAAGCUGUGAGUAUGCAGAUCAAAGAUAUCUCAAUCUGCUGUGAUGAUGAUCAGAUUUUCGAACUGGUCAUGGGGAGAUCUACGCCGGAGCAAGAAAGCAUCGCUCUGCUAAUGCGUGAUGUGCAAGGCAUCAGAAAAUAUUUAAGGUCUAGCAUCCCUGUCAUGUUGACUCGAAAUCACGACAAUUUUGCUUACGAAUUUGCAAUAGAAGCAAUCUUAGAGAUGCCUGUGCCUCCUGCUCAGAAAGAGAAUUGCAGUAUCUGUAUGAAAGAUGACAUCAAUGCUGAUCAGAUGUUUCAUGUUGCUAAAUGUGGUCAUAUGUUUUGUUCCGACUGUGUGAGAAGUCAUAUAGAGGCGCGACUAUCUACGAGAUAUAAAUUGAGGUGUCCUGGUAUUCGGUGCAAAUCUCCGCUGACUUAUGGACAUUGUGUCAACAUUUUGACACCUGAACUAAAAGAGAAGUGGGAAAAAAUGAUCAACGAAGACUUGAUUCCUGUAACGGAUAGAGUGUAUUGCCCAAACCCUAGGUGCUCGGCUUUAAUGUCGGUAGCCGACUUCUCUGGACUUAUGGGAGUUAGAAGAUCCUGUGUGAAAUGCGGUAAACCAUUUUGCAUCAACUGCAAAGUUCCUUGGCAUAUUAACUUAUCUUGCCGCCAGUACAAGAGGUUACAUCCAAAUCCUACAGAAAACGAUGGAAAGCUAAGGGAUCUAGCAAAUGAGGAGCGCUGGCGUCAAUGCAGAAAGUGUCAACACAUGAUUGAACGUUCUUCUGGAUGCCCCAGCAUGAUUUGCAGAUGUGGACAUAACUUUUGCUAUCAUUGUGGAGGCGAUGCUGGACUUUGCUACCAUGGUCAUGACUUUUCUCCACCCAGGUUGAGGAACCCAACGCGGAUUAGGAGCCCAACGCGGAUGCGCUUCUUUUUUGGUUGCUUUUAAGUGAUAAUUGAUAUUGUUUGUUAGUUUAACACCGAGACAUGUUUGAUCCGCAUAUCUUAUUAUAUAAAUGUUGAUUUUCAAAGUUACUACCUUACAAUUAUUAUAGCUACACAUUUAUAUUA